CACAACGGGCGAAAAAGAAAAUGGGAAGGAGAACAAAGAAAGUACGAAAACGCCUUGUGAAACGUAAACGCCAAAAGCUUGAUAAAAUUUUUGAUUGUAUUCUUUGUUAUGAAGAGAAAUGCGUUGAGGUCAAAAUGCAGAUAAUUGAAGGGAAAGGCGCUGGAUAUUUAAGAUGCAACCACUGCGAAGCAAGGUUUGAAUCAGAUAUCUACGAUGUUUAUUUUGAUUGGGUCGACAAAUUUGACGUUACUGGUAGAUAUCACUAUUCGGAUGACGAAGAUAAUUUAGAUAUCCAACAAAAAUCAAAGUCGAUAACCUCAAAAGCGAAAGGUAAAAGUCGUGCAUCUAGUGAUCUAAACACAUGUGACGAAUAUUCUUAUGAAUAUCCGCAGAAUAUAUAUGGCGAUGAAAUCGGUGAAGGAUCUAAUAGUCGUCGUAGAUGA